AUGUCUGCUGAACUUAGUGCCCUCGAGGCUAAUUCCACCUGGACCCUUGAGCCACUACCUCAUUGUAAAAAACCCAUUGGCUACAAAUGGGCCGAUCAUUCUUUAUUCACCUUGGUCACUUCCACUAGUAUUACUAUUGUUCUCGUCUAUGUUGAUGACAUUCUGGUUGCUAGAAAUAAUAUCUCUCAUAUUCAGCUCUUCAAAGAUAUUCUCUCUUCACAUUUCAAAACCAAAGAUCUCGGUCCUCUCAAAUAUUUUCUUGGUCUUGAAGUUGUUCGAUCACCUAAAGGCAUCUUUCUCAAUCAACGAAAAUAUGCCCUUAAUAUUCUCUCUGAUAGUGGACAACUUGGUGCCUGUAGCGCUCCCUUUCCCAUGGAACAAAAUUUGAAGCUCACCAAUUACGAUAGAACUCUUCUUUCUGAUCCUUGUAUCUAUCGACGACUCGUUGGACAUCUCAUCUACUUGACUAUAACCCUUCUUGAUAUUAUUUUUGCACUGAAUAUUCUCAAUCAAUUUAUGCAUGCUUCUCAAGCUCCUCACAUGCAAGCCGCCACUUGUGUUCUUCGUUAUAUUAAAAGCAAUCCAGGUCAAGGUAUUUUUUUCUCUUCCUCCAACGGUUUGCAUAUUACUGCUUAUACUGAUUCAGAUUGGGCCAGCUGUCCCAUCACUCGCCGCUCCACCACAGGCUACUUCAUCCAGCUAGGUUCAAGCCCUAUUUCCUGGCGUACAAAGAAACAGAAAACAGUGGCCCAUUCUUCUGCUGAAGCUGAAUAUUGCGCUAGGGUCGUUACCACUUGCGAACUCACCUGGCUAAAACAGCUCCUCACUGAUCUUGGUAUUUCUCACCCGAGCCUUUCAGCUUAUAUUGUGACAAUCAAUCGACUCUACACAUCACUCAUAAUCCUGUGUUUCAUGAACGUACCAAACAUAUUGAGAUUGAUUGUCACCUCGUUCGUAACAAAAUCAAAUUUGGUCUCCUCACCACCGUUCAUACUUCCUUUCAUGAGCAAGUUUCCGACAUCUUCACCCAAGCCUUAG